AUGUCAGCAAUGCCGCGUUUCGAUCGAGACACUUAUCGAUUCUCGAUCAACGAAAAUCAACAACCGGAAGUUAUUGGUUUUGUCAGGGCGUUCCACUCGGCACUCUCCUCUUCUGAAUCCGUCCGUCUAACCUAUUCCCUAAUCGCUCCUGCUCACAUUGACGAGCUCCCAUUCGAAAUCCAUGAGCAAUCGGGAGAAGUUAGCACUUCAAGGCCAUUGGAUACGGAGCAAAAGAAGUUUUAUCGAUUCCAGGUCCGUGCUUGCCUCACUCAGACCAUCUGUUCUACGAGUGAUGUCAUCGUAGAAGUCGUCGAUGUCAACGAUAAUUCUCCAGUUUUUGCAAAUAGAAAACUAGAGGCUACUGUGGAAAGUGACGUGCCACCAGGCACAAAAAUUGUGAAGCUUUUCGCAAAGGAUGCCGAUUCUGGAAACAACAGCAAAUUGGUGUUUUCGUUGGACUCGAAUCAAGACACUUUCUCAAUCGACCCAAUUACCGCUCAAAUCACAACAUCUCAAUCGCUCACAAACCCUCUCUACACUCUGCUAGUUACUGUAUCCGACGGAGGGAUUCCAAAACGAAUGGACUCUGCAGAGGUUACUGUAGUCGUGAAAGGCACAAAUCCAUCACCACCAGCAUUCGAUCAAAAAGAGUAUAAAGCAGUGAUAGCAUCACCAAUCAGAGCAGGACAAGUGAUUGGAGAGGUCCAUGCAACGGAUCCGGAUCCAGGAAUGGAGGGAUUAGUCACUUAUAAAUUGUUAAGAGCUGAUAACGAGGAUCAUCGGAAGUUUAUGAUCAAUUCGAAGACUGGAGUUGUUUCGGCGAUUGUUCCAUUGAGUUUGGAAGAUGGACCGAUUGAAUUGGGAAUUGAGGCGACUGAUAAUGGAAAGAACUUGAAGAGGAAAAUCAAGACGAUCCUUAAAAUCGAUAUUAUCGAUUCGAAAACUCUCAAAUUCCUUCCACUACCAACUACGGUUUAUAUCUCGACAGAGAAGGCUGUUGGAAGUGUUAUCCUUCGAGUAUCCGCCGUUUCCACUGAUAAUGAGAAUAUCAAGUUCAGAGCGUUGCAAGAGAACUCACAAUUUGUUAUGGAUGGAGACUUGUUGAGGGUCGCCAAUCAUCUCAUCGAAGGCGAAUCAGUUCUCUCGAUUCGUGCAGAAACCGACACUGCCCAUGUGGACCAUCAAUUGAAAGUAAUCGUCAUGUCGGAUAGAGACAAAUACCCUGUAUUCCCUCAAUUGACAUAUGAUUUCGAUGUCUCCACAGAUGGACACUUCCCAAGGGUCGUUCAUCAAUUCAAUGCAAAAUUAGGUUCCGGCUCACUGAGAUACACCUUCUUCCCACCGUCUCCAGCACCAAAAGGAUUCUAUUUGGAUGAUAAAACUGGAGAGCUCUUCGUGACGUCACAGUUUCCAGAAACCAAUCGAGAGACUACUUUUGUUGUCGUCCGUGCAGUUAAUAUGCAGGCAAACAAGUUUUAUUCGGAUGUUGGAGUAGCCAUCACCCCAAUUUCUACUACCAAUCCGACACUUCGAUUCCAACAGUCCACCUACAACUUUGAGGUUUAUGAGAAUUUAGAGAAAGGAGAAGCGAUUGGAACGAUUUCAGUGACCGGUUCCACUGCUUCCAAAUUCACCAUCUCCCCAUCUGACUCUUUCCUAGGAAUCCAUCAAAAUGGAACUCUCUACUUGGCAGAGACAGUUGACGCGGAGGCUCUAGAAGAUUCCUUAAAUCAGGAGUUUACUGUAACAGCGUCAGAUUCCAAUGAAUAUGCCAAAUGUCGAGUACAAAUCGCGAUUCGAGACGUUAACGAAUUCCAGCCAGAAUUCGAUGAGGAUGACGUGGAAAUGUCUCUGGAAAGAGAUGAUUCUGGACCGGGAACGAGGAUUGGAAGAGUUCAGGCACAUGAUAGAGACGUUAGUGAGAAGAAUCGAUUGAUUUAUCGAAUCGUCGGAGGAUCGGGAAGGAAGCUGGUGUUUAUUCAAGAAGACGGAACGAUUAUUGUGGGUGAUGAGAGGAUUCCAGAUUCAAUGGAUGAGUUUGAUUUAAUCAUUGAAGCUGUGGAUAGGAAUGGGAAUCAUGAUUCCACCCAUGUCAUCGUGUACAUUGAUGGGGAUUCUCCAGAAUCCUCCGAAUCUCCACCGUUAUUUCUCGGCCAACCUCUUAUCUGGAACGUUACUGAGGGCACGACGGAGAGUUUCGAUUUAAGAGCAUCGGCAGAAUCCGAAGUGCACUUCAGAAUCAUUGGAGGAGAUCCAAAUGGACAUUUCGAUAUCGUACACUUGCCAGAAGGAAAAGCCAAGCUUCGCAUUGUGUCAGAACUAGACCGUAAUCUACAGUACACCCUACAAAUUGAAGCAAAGGAUGAAAGAAGUCAGAGAACAAGUGUUGCAGAGGUUUUGGUACAUGUGACAGGAGCCAAAAAUCAAGCACCCCGAUUCACAAAGGAUGAAUAUUCGGGAACUAUUCCAUUCGACAUUCCAAUUGCUUUUCCGAUUGUUACAAUUCAAGCAAUGGACUCUGAAAAUGAUCAAAUUGAAUUCUCACUUCAAGGAGACCCAUGUGAGGGACAAUUCCAAAUAGAUAACAAGGGAAAAGUGUCAUAUAAAGUGGCUGAAGAUCAACGAACCCAUGGAAAUGUGAUUUGUGUUGUUGUGGCGAGUGAUGGAGAGCAUAGCAGUGAUACUACAUUGAGAUUAACUGUUAAUCCAGCAAGUACUAAACCUCCCACUCCAAACCAUGCUCCAACAUUUGCCGCACCCGAAUAUCUCUUCUCAAUUUCCCAAAACGCUACAGAACUCGGAAAGGUUGAAGCCUCGGAUCCGGACCAAGAUCUAAUAGACUAUUCGAUAGAACCCACCGAAUACCGUAAUCUAUUCCACGUGGACCAUUCUGGAAGGAUUACUGUACAAGGGAAACUCGAACAACCCAGAUACAGUUUUCUGGUUGUAGCGGAGGAUCGAGGAGCCGACCCAAUAAUGUCAUCGUUUGUGAAUGUAAAGGUUACGGUAGUAUUGGCCGAGGAGCAAAUGGAUAAUGAGGUCACAAUGGGAACUCUAGGAAGGGCAGGAACCACCACAGAAGCUUCGAGAACCUUUGAAUUCUCCCAAAAUGUGUAUUCCUGGAGAGUCGCUGCUGGCCUUCCAGUUGGAUCAAUUGUGGGAACCGUCAAACCUAAUGGAACCCCCAAAAAUGAAGAUAUCGAGUAUAGUUUUAUCAGUGGAGAGCAUUUAUCGAUUGAUUCUGAGGGCAGGGUUACUGUAAUGAAGCCGUUCGAGACCACGAUUAAUGAUGUGGUGAUUGCGAUGCGAGGAAGUGAGAUUCUAGCCGAGACGAGGGUGUUUGUGGGAGUGGAGAAGGUGGAAGGAGGUCCUUCUACAGAAGAGUCAAGUUCUACAGAAGCUUCCACAUCUCCAGAAGCUUCCACAGAGCAGCCAAGCACUUCAAAAGGUUCAGAAGCUCCUCUAACAACGAAGGCCCCAACUUCAAGAACGCCGGAGGAGCCCAGAAGAACCAUUGCUCCUACACUGGUCCCAGAGAAUCCUUCUGAAACAGAGGAACCUUCCAAAACCUCAUCCCUACCUACUUUACCAACAAUCAGCACCUUACAACCACCCCAACCAUCAGAAGCCACCCUAGCUCCCCUCGACAUCCCAACCCAAGCAGUAACCGCCCAUAUCAUCCCUCUAGAUGUUCCCACCUCUGCUCAAUUCCAUUUCACAUUUCCUCUCUACACAGCCUACUCCCUCGAGGGCAAUUAUCAAUCUGGAAUUGAGCUGGAAAUUCGGCCACGGCUAGAAACCACAGGAUCCUCAGUCAAGUACUCCAUUGAAGACACCACAUCGCAUCUGCCAUUCUUCCUAACCCCUGAAGGGAAGCUUAUCAUGUUUGAAGCGGAUCGAGAGAAGCAUGACUCCUAUCUCUUCACCAUCCUGGCUAGAUCAGAUGGAACCAAUGAAAUCGCUAGGGCCAGACUCAACGUGACGAUUCUAGAUGUGAAUGACAACUAUCCGAAGUUCGAGAAGCAUCCAGAAUCCGUUGGAAUCUCUAAAUCCGCCUACGUUGGAUCUCCAAUCAUCCAACUAAAGGCUGACGAUGCUGAUCUUCAAAAUUCCCUAGUUUACUCUAUAGAACCCUUGGAUUUCUUCUCGAUCGACUCAAAGGAGGGUCUAAUUAGAGUCGAAAAAGAGCUGAGCAAUGCUCCAGAGUACCAGGAACUCAAGAUUAGUGUUCAGGACUCUGGAAAGCCCCCGCUGAAGACUGACACGUUCCUGAAGGUCCAACUCUUUGACGCUAAAACUCCACCAGUGCUCGUUAAGGAUCUCCAAAAGGUUACUGUAUCCACCCAAAUGUCACCUGGAACUGAAAUCUAUCAUUUCGUGGCAGGACCUUCUAUUCCUGAUGGGCAGGAAACGGUGAUCUAUCGACUUGGAGAUACUGUUGGUGGAUUAUUUGAAAUUCGAAGGGAUGGAACUUUGAUCCUAACUAGACGACCAAUGGAUAACGAAGCUGGAAAGGUUCAUCAGUUGAAUGUGACAGCGGAGAAUAGUAAGGGAUCGGAUUCCACUGUGCUUCCAAUCUACGUGGAAGGCCGUCUAUCAUCCGCCGGACCACCUCUUCAAUCAAGUUAUUGUCAAUUUUUACAAAAAGUGUACAGAGCUCAAAUGAAAGAGAAUUCGAAUCCCCAUGAAGCCGUAAUUCGGGUCCAAGCGGGAUGCCAAAAUGGACAACAAAAGUUUAGAUACGCAUUCCACACACAGACCAAAGAAUUUGAAAUCGAUUCACAAAGUGGUCAAAUCUACACCAACGGACCGUUGGAUCGAGAAACCAAAAGUUCUUAUCUGCUGGUUGUCAAUGUUAUCGAACAGAAUCGAAUGAUGACUAAACGACAGAGCGAGGCACUCAUCGAACAAUCCUCGUCAAAACUGUCUCCAUGGCAAACACUAGUCGUGGUUACUGUACUCGAUGACAACGAUAACUCUCCAGUUUUCCUAAAAUUGCUCAGCGAUUCUACACUAGCCGCUGUGGUAGAUCAAAACGCGAAUAAGAUGACACCAGUGAUUCAUUUACAAGCAAGAGAUCUCGAUGUGACUCCAGAAGUGCUGAAAUUCGGUUUAGAGGGUGAUGGAUCAGAGCAUUUCCAUAUUAAUUCAACAAAUGGUUUAAUUCAAUUGGAAUCGUCUUUGGAGAAGUCAGAUAUUGAGCAUUUCGAACUACAAGCUACCGUAUCCGAUGGCAAACAUACUGUGCAUACUCCACUCAACAUUUACGUGCUGUCAGUUGAUACAAAUGUAGUUCAAUUGACAAAAGAAACGCCUCACUCGGAAUUGGAUCCAAAUUCAGUUGAGAAGAAGUUAAGUGAGAUUCUAGGGAUGGAAACUCGAAUUUUGGUUGCUCAGCCUUAUGUUGGAGACGAUGGAAAAACGGAUUACAAGAAAAGUCAUGUGUUUGUGUAUGCAUUGGACAAUUCGAAGCCGAUUGGAAGAGACGAGCUCCGACGAUUGCUCAUGGCGAAUUCUGAUGAUUUGCAUCCGAUGCAAAUCUCAGCAGUUUCACUUUUAUCAACUGGAAACGCGUCUGCGGGACCACAAACUCUUCUUACAAUUGUUUUAUUAGUGGUUCUUGUGGCAUUGCUGCUCUUUAUUUGUGCAUUGAUCAUGUUUUGUGCGAAGCGCCGCGCCCGUAAUACAUCUGGUGUGAUGGAAGGCGCCUAUAUGAUCAACUCAGUUGGAAGUGGUCCAAGACCGUAUGACGUGGAAAAUAUCACAAGAGCAACUGCACAAACUGUACUUGCUGGAAGACCACUGCCAGAUCCACAGGAGCAUAGAAUCGACAUGCCAACAGAUCGAACAGACAUUGGUUUAGAACGAGACGACACAACUCGAGAGUUUUCGAAUAGUGUCCGUGAGAGACCAUCGCUUCUUCAAAGUGCAAUUCAGAGACAAAAUAUCCACACCAUCCAUCCACCACGUGCCAACGAUGAUGACGAGCUGAAGAAGUUCUAA